UUUUGACUCCCAUUGAAGUUGCCAUAGAGGACAUGCAGAAGAAGACACAGGAAUUAGCUUUUGCAACCCACCAAGACCCUGCGGACCCCAAGAUGCUGCAGAUGGUGCUGCAGGGAUCAGUAGGUACCACAGUAAAUCAGGGACCAUUAGAAGUUGCACAAGUUUUCUUGUCUGAAAUACCCAAUGAUCCAAAGCUCUUCAGACAUCACAACAAACUGCGGCUCUGUUUCAAAGACUUCACAAAAAGAUGUGAAGAUGCUCUGCGCAAGAACAAGAGCCUUAUCGGUCCAGACCAGAAGGAGUAUCAGCGAGAACUUGAGAGGAAUUAUCACCGGUUAAAGGAAGCUCUCCAGCCUUUGAUAAAUAGAAAGAUCCCGCAGUUGUACAAGGCAGUGCUGCCGGUCACUUGCCACAGAGACUCCUUGAUGAGCCUUCGCAAAAUGGAUAUCUAAACGAGUUAAAAACCAAAAUAAAAAAGCACUUAAAGUUAAGGUUUUGAAAAGAAAGAGCCUUGUUAUCAGCGCUGGGAAUCAAAGAAGUUUUAUUGUGAAAUAAAACUUGGACUUCAUCCUGGACAUCCCACACACCUCCUCCUCCAUCAAAGUGUUCAGUGGCCAAAAAUCAUUCAGAAUUGUCGACUGUAGACUUAUCAAUGUUUGAGAAAAAAUCAUGACAGUGGUAUCCAGAGUAUUGGUGAUAAGCUGUAAACUUACCUGUUUUUUAAGGCAUUUUUAUGACUCAAAGGUACACUAAACGCAUUUACCUUUAUUUAUAGCGUUACCUAAUGUUAAAUUUAUUUACUUUUAGUUCAUAUAUUUAAUUUAUAUUAGGAUCAUACGCAAAUGCAUUUUUGAAGUUUUUAAUGUAGUGACGAUGGUUAUUUUGAUGGUACUAUUAAAUAUGUGAAUGUUUACACUUUAA